AUGGAGCAGCUGGUGCGGAGAGGGUUCAACACCUUCGACUCGGCUCUGGUGUAUGGCAUGGCGGAGGAGGCGAUCGCCACCUACUGUGAGAGGAACAGAGCUGCUGCUGCAGCAUGUGUGUUCAACACCAAGUUGAUCCCGACUGGUUCGAGCGGGUUGAGCGAGGAGCAGGUCAGACAGGCCCUCCUUCCCGCCUCCCGGGCGCGGGGAGGGCGUCUCGACCUCGUUCACUUCUACUGGUGGGACUUUGAUAAGUCCAACUACGUCAGCUCCCUCCUGAACGCCCAGCGUCUUGUGGAGGUGGGGGAGAUGCGGGGGAUCGCGCUGACGGGCUUCGACUCGCAGCACGUGGAGGAGGUGGUGGAGGCUGGAGUGCGGGUCGAGGCAGUCCAGCUCUCCCUGUCCAUCGUGGACACGCGGGCGGUGGACGGGAGAAUGCUGGAGGUCUGCAGGAGGCACAAUAUCGCCAUGUUCGCGCACGGGACCCUCCUUGGAGGCUUCCUGAGCGAGCGGUGGGUGGGGGUGGAGGAGCCCAAGGCGGUGGAGCUUGAGACGAGUCAGCUCAGGAAGUACUUGCGCUGGAUCCAGCUGUGGGGGAGCUGGGAACUUCUUCAAGAGCUGCUGGAUGUGCUUCGGCGGGUGGCGGAGAGGAAGGGGGUCAGCAUGCCUGUCGUGGCGAUGCGCUGGGCCCUGCAGCAGGAGGGAGUGGCCAGCGUGAUCGUGGGGACGAGGAUGGGGAUGAAGGGGAAGCUGCAUGUGGAGGAGAAGAGGAGGGCGCUGGAGAUCGAGCUGGAUCAGGAGGACAUGGAAGCGAUCGCGCGUGUGCAGAAGAAGGGAAGGCCGUUGAUGGAGACGCUGGGGGACAGUGGGGACGAGUUCCAUGUGAAGAAUCGGCGGAAGAGAACCCAAGGAGGAGCAAGGAGCAGGAAGGAGGAAGGAGGGGUGGGGGCCUAG